GCCACCGCCGCUGGCAUACUUUGACUAGACCGCGAUGCUCAUAUGGAGAGGUGACCGUCUGCUGAUGGCGCUUUCGACGCUAGGGCUUGUUCGCUGCUAUCUCUCCCCCAGGCUGGGCGGGACGUACCCGUGCAGCAGCCGUUCUGUACAGCAGCGGCUUUAUCGACGCUCGCGGUCUACGGGCGACCGUAGCAGCAACGACGUCGUGAGCCCAAAGACUAGCGGCGGGGGUGCUGUCGAGCAGGACAGCCAUGUAGACGAAUGGGACACGUGGGAGUUCGGUACUUGGAAGACGCGGACACACAGCGAGAACGUGGCGGAGGCGGCUGCCCGGGCGGCCGGGCCCGCCAAGGUGUCGACAUUUAUCGGCACGAGGGCCUUAGUCGACCAAACGGCCUCCGAUCUCGAGAGGGCAGUGGACCUUCUGAAGGGCUAUCUUUCGGAGGACAGGUUGUCUAGGAUGGAAGACGUGCUCGAUCAGCGCACGAGGAGUGCGACACUCGUGUUCGAGAACCCUGCCAACCCAAACAACGUGUGGGCGUGCCUGAGGACUCUGGACUCGUUCGGAAUCCAGCACGCACACAUCGUGUCGGAUCCCUCUACGUACUCCAAGCAGGCACGGCUGAAGACCAUGUGCACGGCCAUGGGCAGCCAGAAGUGGCUGACGCUCCAUGGACACGACAGACCUGAAGAUGCUGUAGCCAAACUCAAGACAGAUGGAUAUCAGGUGGUGGCGAGCGACCUCUCCCCGUCAGCUGUACCCAUCAGCGAGAUAGACUGGUCCGUGCCCACCGCGGUAGUGCUGGGGAACGAGGAGCGAGGCAUAUCGGACUCCAUGCGGGAUAUGGCGGACGCUACGUUCGUGAUUCCGAUGCGAGGGUUCGUGAGAUCGUUCAACAUGUCGGUCGCGUGCUCCAUCAUCCUGGCACAUCUUAGCGCAGUCAGGGCGCUCAAGCACGGCGAUCUCCCUGAGGAUGAACGAAGAGAGGUCGCGGUGACCUGGCUCAUGCAGUGCGUAAGGGGUUCGGAGCACAUCUUGAAGCGAGAAGGGAUCGACAUCCCGCAGGAGAUAUUCGGGACCGACAAGCAGCGGCCGCAGAAUAUUGCCGGGUACCGUGUACGAUGA